AAAGUGAACAACCUCAGUUUAAUGUGAAUUUCAUUGCGCCUACCGACAGAAUGAUUUACGCUGUGAUAUUAAUUGCUCUAAUGGGCAACCUUCAGACUCUUGAAGCAUCACCAUCAAAAGUGGUUUGCUACUUCAGUAACUGGGCUGUAUACAGACCAGGAAUCGGUCGAUAUGGACUCGAAGACGUGCCAGUAGACCUCUGCACUCAUAUCAUAUACUCCUUCAUUGGAGUUGAUGAUAAAACUUGGACCAUUUUAGUCAUCGAUCCUGAGUUGGACAUCGAUAACAACGGAUUCAGGAACUUCAGCGACAUCAAAAAGACUCACCCUAAGGUAAAAUUAGAAGUGGCAGUCGGCGGAUGGGCCGAGGGCGGCUCGAAAUACUCGGCCCUGGUGGCCGAUAAAUCAAAACGUGACGCGUUCAUCAAUAGCGUCGUCGCCUUCAUGAACGAGUUCGAACUGGACGGCUUCGACUUGGACUGGGAGUAUCCGGGGGCGGCGGACCGAGGCGGCAGUUUCUCCGACAAAGAUAAGUUCUUCUAUUUCGUCGAGGAGCUCAGGGCAGCUUUCGAUAAGGAAGGUAAAGGGUGGGAGAUCACCAUGGCUGUACCGAUGGCGAAAUUCAGGUUGCAGGAAGGAUAUUAUGUACCAGAACUUUGCGAACUUGUUGAUGCAAUUCACGUAAUGUCAUACGACCUCAGAGGCAACUGGGCUGGUUUUGCUGAUACACACAGUCCACUUUACAAAAGACCCCACGACCAAUGGGCUUAUGAAAAACUUAAUGUGAAUGAUGGUUUACAAUUAUGGGUAGACUCGGGUUGUUCUCCCAAAAAACUAGUAGUUGGUAUACCUUUCUACGGCCGAUCGUUCACCUUAAGCGCAGGAAACACCAAUUACAACUUGGGCACUUACAUUAAUAAGGAAGCAGGAGGCGGAGCGCCGGGUCCCUACACGAACGCCACUGGAUUUUUGGCUUAUUACGAGAUAUGUACAGAACUGCUGAACGAAAACGGCGGAUGGACUAAAAAAUGGGACGAGCAGGGUAGAGUUCCUUACGCUUACAAAGGGACCCAAUGGGUAGGAUACGAAGACCCGGAGUCCGUUCAGAUAAAAAUGGAAUGGAUAAAAUCGAAAGGAUACGCGGGCGCGAUGGUGUGGGCUAUCGACAUGGACGACUUUCAUGGUCUGUGCGGCCCUAAAAAUACUUUAAUUCACAUUCUACACGCAAACAUGGCUUCGUACGAUGUCCCUGAACCACACGUGUCUACAACACCACGGCCGGAAUGGGAUAGGCCUAAGAGCACAACAUCUUCUUCUGGAUCAUCUGCAGUAACCAGUUCAACUCAGAAAAUACCCACAACCUCUGCAAGUUCCUCAUCAAUUAUACCCGCAUCUUCCACUCAAUCAACAACUUCAACCACAUCAACUACAACUCCACCAAGCAUCCCCGAUGACGGAGAGAAUUUUACCGAAUGCGAAGGCGAUUUUAUACCACACAAAGACUGCCACAAGUACUAUCGCUGCGAUCACGGCAAACCGAUGGUCUUCAGUUGCGAACCCGGAACCGUCUUCCAUAUUGGCCUUAAUGUAUGUGACUGGCCAGCGAAUUCCGAUAGGCCGGAAUGCAGACCUUAAUUUAUUUUAUUUAGCAACUAGUUAUUAGGUAUCUCGUUUAUGAUGUUCAAACUGUUUUAAAUACCAAUACAAAUACCAAUACAGGACUAUGGAAGCUAACAGGAUUCAAAUACAGUACAAUAACACUGCUGAUUUGAACCUAUUAACUUUUGGAAGGCGUAGAAAGGCAUUUGAAACAGCCAAUAUUAAUAAUAAAGCAAUUUUUUUAUUAAUAUUAACCCAGUAAUAGAAAAUGCGUAUUAUUUCUUAACAAUCUGUAUAACAUCCUCGUCGUGCAUAGUAUGACUGGCGCCGACUCGCUGCGGUGAAUAUUUAGUGCUCGUGCCCCACACCAGGGCGUAUUUGAACUGAGCAGCUAGAGUUCGGUGAAUGGCGUGACAGACAUGUUCUACGGUAACGCCCCUUCUUAGAAUCAAGCCAUCGUUGAAGUCCGGAGGCUGGCCGGGCUUCUUAGUGUACACUCUAAUCAGGCUCAAGUAUUCCCAUAACGUGAACAACAGGUAAUCUAAAUUUAACUUCAUGUUACAACUGAAAACAAUGCGUGUAAUUAAGAGAGUAUUGAGGGCGUUUUAAGUCGUCUUGUGUACCUUACAACUACGCUAUAAGGUGUCCUGGCUAUUCUGUCGACUUCUUCGAUGGAUAUUUGAUCUAUUUUGUUGUAAACGUAAAGGCAAGGCAAGUACACUCUGUUGGCGCAAAUGACAUCGAUCAGUUCAUCGGCGGUGGCAUCCUCACGGAACAGGACUUCGGCGUUGAAGAUUUUGUAUUCGUGUAAUAUCAUUUGCACUAGCUUCUCGUCUAUGUUGGUAAGGGGGCAUGUAGAGUUGAAUGAAAUU